AUGUGGUUGCUACUCCUGCUGAUAUCGCCAUGCUUGGCACAAUUCCAGCUGCACAGGGAGCCUCCCCUCCCCGACGGUGUGCCUUUCUCCUCCAGGGCGCCGACAAUGGGCUGGGUGAACGUCCGGCUCAACCACUUCAUGGCGUACGACACUAGGACCUUUCAAAUGAGGUACUACUACAACAAUCAGUUCGCAAAUGUUGAGAACCCCAACAUCGUUAUCUUCGUGGGCGGAGAGUGGGCGAUCGGUCCAGGUUACGUACAAUCAGGGUUGGCCUACGAGAUGGCGCAGGAGAUGAACGCUGGACUCUUCUACACUGAGCAUCGGUACUAUGGACAAACUCAGCCUUUCCCAGACUCGAGCGUGGAGAACCUCUCGUUCUUGAACAUCGACCAGGCGCUGGGAGACCUGGCACAGUUCAUACAGCAUGUCAAGAGUGAUGCGUUUGAAGAUGGACAUUACAGGAACGCGAGUGUGGCUCUGGUGGGCUGCUCGUACGCUGGUACCAUGGCUACUUGGAUGAGGAUGGCUUACCCUCACCUGGUCAACGCUGCCUUCUCCGACAGUGCACCCUUACAGGCUCAGGAAGAAUUCCCAGAAUACCUGGAAGUGGUGGCGAAAGCUCUAGCUGAACAGGGAGGUCAGCAGUGCGUGGAUGCUGUUGCUGCAGGAGUCCAGGGAGUCUUAGAGCUGCUGGCCACACCCGCGGGGGCAGCCCAGGUCUCCGAGAUAUUCCAGACGUGUACGCCAAUUAACACGGCUUCUCCGCUAGAUGUCGCCACAUUCUUCAGUAGCGGUAUCAUCAAUUAUUUCGCUUACAUGGUGCAGUACGCCAUCGGGAAUCGAAUCGCAAACUCCUGCAACGUUCUUGUUUCAAGCAGUGAGCCGGAUGCCGUAAGACGGCUGGCUGCCCUGGUUGCAGGGGACAACUGUGUGGAGACUCGCUACUUAGAGGCGGUCGCGCUGUACAGGAACACCAGCUUCGCGUCACCAGAUUCCACGAUUCGUCUUUGGUUGCACCAGACGUGUGUGGAGUACGGCUGGUACCAGACUACCGCGGGUUCCAACCACCCGUUCAUGGAUACUUUACCAUUGGAGUUUUAUCACCAGCUGUGCAAGGAUAUCUUCUCUAAUAAUGAAUUAGACUUCGAUGAACAAAGACUUCGAGCAGGAAUCGAACGCACGAACAUAUUGUUUGGGGGCUGGUCUCACAUGCCAGACCGCGUGGUGUCUGUUGCUGGGACCCACGAUCCCUGGUCUCCAAUGGGACCCAACGAGUCCCAUUCCCACCACAACGCUCCGGUCUACGUGGUACCUAACAUCUCUCACUGCAGAGUUAUUGCGCCAUCAGUCCUGGACAGUCAAGAGCUGGUCAGAGUAAGGAGGGCAGUAAUGGAUCAUAUGUAUGAGUUCACUACUGGUGACUCGCUGGUAACAGAACCAGAUCCAACCACUGAGGCCCCAACGACCACCGACGCUCCUGACAGUGCUACCGGGAUUGCUGCCAGUAGUUUUAUGCUUCUCCUUACCAUACUCGCUUUAGUCUAG